UGAAAGUGGUUUUUGCGAUUUGGUAAAAAAAAAAAAAAAAACCCUUGGUAGUUUAUAGCUGAGAAAAGAGAAACAACACAAACACUGGCUUUUAGGAGGAAGAAAUAACUAAAGAAGCUUUGGAAACUGGUUUUAUUUAACGAGGUUUCUUAAAAUAGGGAGAGAAAAAAAGAGGAGAGAGAAAGUAAGAAAUACAAGGAAGAUUAAAAGGAUGAUGAAGAUGGGGAUUAAACAAGAGCGCGCGUAACAGUUUCAGCAACGCACCUCCAUUGAAUUAGGGGUGCUCUUUAAUCCAAUUUACUCUGAUUAAUUACUCCAGAUUAAUUACUCAAAAACCCCAUUUAAUUUAAAUUUCAUCUUUUUUAUAAAUUCCCAUUUCACUUUCAUCCAAUUUUCUGGGAAGAAUUUCAGUUUUUGAUUGAAAGCUUUCAGUUGCCUCUUCAAUGGCGCGACGUCAAGCAGUUCCAGGUGUGGGAAAUGAAGCACUGUAUAGAGAGCUAUGGAGGGCAUGUGCAGGGCCGCUGGUGGAUGUUCCACAGCCAGGAGAGAGAGUGUUCUACUUUCCACAGGGUCACAUGGAACAAUUGGAAGCAACAACAAACCAGGAAUUAAAUCAACAAAUUCCACGUUUUAAUUUGCCUUCUAAGAUACUUUGUCAAGUUGUGAACAUUGAACUAAAGGCUGAGCCUGAAACAGAUGAAGUUUAUGCCCAGAUUGCUUUAAUUCCAGAAAAAGAGGAAGAUGAGUUUAAAAGUUCUGAUUCAACUGUGAAUGAGCCGCCAAGGCCGAAAGUCCAGUCGUUUGUUAAGAUAUUAACUGCUUCGGAUACUAGCACUCAUGGAGGAUUCUCGGUCCUUCGCAAGCAUGCCAAUGAAUGCUUGCCUCCCUUGGAUAUGAGCCAGCCGACACCUACUCAGGAGCUUGUUGCGACGGAUCUUCAUGGAUAUGAGUGGCACUUUAAACAAAUAUUUAGAGGUCAACCCCGUAGACACUUGCUGACGACUGGGUGGAGUACUUUUGUCACUUCUAAGCGUCUAGCUGCUGGAGAUGCAUUUGUUUUCUUAAGAGGUGAUAAUGGCGACCUGCGAGUUGGUGUUAGGCGGCUUGUCCGUCAACAAAGCCCUAUGCCUCCAUCCGUUAUAUCAAGCCAGAGUAUGCAUCUUGGGGUUCUGGCCACUGCUCGCCAUGCUGUUAACACUUGUACUAUGUUCACUGUUUACUACAAGCCAAGGUCAAGCCAGUUCAUUGUUGGUGUCAACAAGUACCUUGAAGCUGUAAACCAUAAAUUCUCCAUUGGCAUGCGCUUUAACAUGAAGUUUGAGGGAGAUGACACACCCGAAAGAAGGUUUACUGGCACCAUUGUUUGGGUUGAAGAUGUUUCUCCUCAGUGGUCGGGCUCUAAAUGGCGGUCACUGAAGGUUCAAUGGGAUGAAGCUGCUGCAUUUCACAGGCCAGAUAAGGUUUCCCCCUGGGAAAUAGAACCCUUUGUUGCUUCUAUUCCUGCCAAUCCAUCUCCACCACCAGUAUCAAAGACCAAGAGGUCUCGACCUAGUGAUCUGUCCAUAUCCGAAACUGCUGGCGGGUCUCCCGUGUCAAACUUUUGGUAUGUAUCGGUCCAUACCAAUGAUUUCAGUAGUCCCAGAAAUCAGCAAGAUAAUGCUUGGUCUCCUAAUCAUGCAAGAAAUUCACCGAGAUUCUUUGUCGACAAAAAAGAUGAUAGCAAAGCCCCGUCAGUUCAUUCAUGCUCAACACCCUCUGCCUAUCCUUAUCUUGCUCCGUCUAGACUUAGACCUGAUCACUCUGAGCAAGUGAACAGUGGUGGAAAAUCACCUGGAAGUUGCAGAUUGUUUGGAAUUGAGCUGAGAAACAACUCUCACGUAGCUCCUACCCUGGAAAAGGUGACUGUUUGUCCUGAAAAAUUGUCGAAUGAGGCUAAAUUUACAGAGACAGGGGCUGAAAAGGUUGAUGAGGUUCUAAACACUGAUGUGGAACCAUUAAAAGAACAGAAUCAAGUUAAUUCUGAUGUAUCUCAGGACGAGUCACUGACUAAGACAUUUUCUCAAUCUUCUACAAGGAGUCGAACUAAGGUACAAAUGCAUGGCGUUGCUGUUGGUAGGGCAGUGGAUUUGACAAUACUAGAGGGAUAUGAUGAACUUAUAUGUGAGCUCGAGAAGAUGUUUGAUAUAAAGGGUGAACUUAAAACCAGAAAUAAGUGGGCUGUUGUUUUCACUGAUGAUGAAGGUGACAUGAUGCUUGUAGGCGAUGAUCCGUGGCUGGAAUUUUGCAAGAUGGUGAGAAAGAUUUUCAUUUACUCAAGCGAGGAAGUGAAGAAAUUGAGUAGCAAAAGCAGGCUGUCCUCACCAUCAGUAGAUGAAGGCACUGUUCUAAGUCUGGGGACGGAGGAAUAGCCUGAAAUCUGAAGCUCGCGACUGAUGGGGAUAGGUAAAUUAUGUCUUCAUUUUGAAGAGGGUAGGACUUAAAAUGUGCUGGAACCCCUGUUAAGUUUUAGCUUAGUUGGUGCUAAUUGUGUAUAACUUGCCUGAUGACAUGGUUGGUGUGCCGUUUGGAUUUUCAGCUUGUAAUAUAAAUGUGGGAUGCCUGAUGCCCUGAAUGUGCUUUUGAUGAUUUGGCGAGUGGAAAACUUUAAUUUAAACAUGUUUAUCGUUUAAUUUCCCUGUAAUAAUAUCUCAACUUUAAUCACGAAUGACCGAAACAUGACAAAAAUCAAUAUCCCAUCAGUCUGAAAGACAAUAUUUUCGUCUUUGUGGAUCA